UGAUGGUAUAUUUUUUGCAUCAAGUACAUACCCUUUUUAUGACUGUGGAGAAGCUAUAAAUCUUUCAGAAAAUGAACCAUGCUUUUCCUGUGCAAGCAGUAGAUGGAAUUGCGAGUGGGACUGGCAUAAUCAUAGCUGCGAGGAUCCAUCCUUAAAAGAAGAUGUGAUUAAACAAAAUAUGGAGGAAGAAUGCCCACAAUUUCUUAAUCCCAACCCUGAAAUAAUACCUAUGGACUGUGUAACAGAAGUACACUUUGAAGGGAAGAAUCUAGACAAUUAUCAGGGUAAAUCUUUCUUUAUUGGGAAUGAGGAAUUUGACUUUGAGAGCCCUGUGGAACAGUCAUCUGAUGUAACUUUCUCCUUUAAAAGUCGAAAGUUUCCCCAUGCAAGUGAAACUCUGCCUCUUGAUUUAUACAUUAGAACAAAUCAGGUCAAGAUUGACAGCAAGCUGAUGGUGACUUUAUACAGCUGUUCCUUUGGUCGAAGUGAUUGCAGCUUGUGUCUUGCGGCUGAUCCCAAAUACGAAUGUGUCUGGUGUGACAACAACUGUGUUUACACAAAAGUGUGCCGAACUCCAACUGCUACCUGUCCUCCUCCAGUCAUUACUCAGAUUGAACCAAAGAAUGGCCCACUAAAUGGUGGGAUUUUGUUGACCAUAAUGGGAUCCAAUUUGGGCAUAAGAGCUGAAGAUGUCACAAAUAUAACGGUGGCAGGAACUAACUGUAAAUUUAAAGAAGAAUUCUACUCUGUUUCUACCAAGGUUGUAUGUAAAGUUGGAGAGGUUCUAGAAGCAAUGAAAGGUGAAAUUGUAGUUGAUGUAAGUGGACAGCAAGGCAGAUCAACAAGUGAAGUGCAAUUUACAUAUCAGGAUCCAAAACCUACAGGAAUACAUCCCAAAAAAGGUCCCCAAGCUGGAGGGACCACCCUAACUAUCAGUGGCACAAACUUGGACACUGGCUCGAGACAAGAUGUUAAUAUUUCCCUUGGUGAUGUGCCCUGUAAAGUUAUCCAGUUUGGUGAAGAAAUUGUUUGUGUUACUGGGCCAAAUCCCAAGGCUGGGAGCGCGGUUGUAAUAGUACGGCAUGGAAGCACUGAAAAACUAAUAGAACACGACCCCUUUACCUAUACAGAUAAUCCUAGAAUUGAUGGCAUUCAGCCCAAAACAAGCAUACGCAGUGGAGGACGAAAAAUUACUGUGACUGGAAAUGGUUUUGACAUCAUUCAGAAGUUUUCUGUGGAAGUCUUGGUUGAGCCUUUUGGGGAUUUCUUAUCAAAGAAGAGGAAGAGAAGGCAGGUACCAGAUCCACAAAAGUUUGAUGGAACAGUUAUCUCCAAAUUGAAUGACACAACAAUAGUCUUCUUAUCUCCAUCAGUUGUGGAGGAUCCAGAAAACUAUAGAAUUGCUACCCUUAUUAAAAUGGAUGGGUAUGAAGAGACAUUGCAAGAUCCUUUGCAAUAUUUUCCUGAUCCAACCUUUGAAAACUUCACAGAUGGUGUCAAGAAGCAAGUCAACAAGCUGAUUCAUGCAAAGGGCAGUAAUCUGAACAAAGCCAUGACGAUUGAAGAGGCUCAAGCAUUUGUGGGAGAACAACCCUGCAUCAUAAAAACCCUGACUGAGAAGGAUUUAUACUGUGAACCACCCGAAGUGCAGCCCCCUCCAAAGAGAAGGCAGAAGAGAGAUACAGUUAAUAACCUGCCAGAAUUCAGCGUGAAAUUUGGCUUCAAAGAAUGGGUCCUAGGAAGAGUGGAAUAUACCCAAGUGAGUGACAUACCACUGAGCCUGAUUUUGCCAUUAGUAAUGAUUCCCAUGGUGGCCAUUAUCAUCAUCUCAAUCUAUUGCUACAGACGGAAAAGUCAGCAAGCAGAACGAGAAUACGAAAAAAUUAAAUCACAACUUGAAGGCUUGGAGGAAAGCGUCAGAGACCGGUGCAAAAAGGAAUUUACAGAUCUAAUGAUAGAAAUGGAAGAUCAGACAAAUGAUAUCAACGAAGCAAGAAUUCCUGUGCUGGACUACAAAACCUAUACAGACAGAGUCUUCUUUCUGCCAUCCAAGGAUGGAGAAAAAGAUGUCAUGAUCACAGGGAAACUGGACAUUCCUGAAGCAAGGAAGGCUACUGUAGAACAGGCUCUGAAUCAGUUCUCCAAUCUCCUCAACAGUAAAUCAUUUCUCAUUAACUUCAUUCACACACUGGAAAAGCAAAGGGAAUUCUCAGCCCGUGCAAAAGUGUAUUUUGCAUCUCUGUUGACUGUAGCUUUGCAUGGGAAAUUAGAGUACUAUACUGACAUCAUGAGGACGUUGUUCUUGGAGCUGAUGGAGCAGUAUGUGGUGGCCAAAAACCCUAAGCUGAUGCUCAGAAGAUCAGAAACUGUUGUGGAGAGGAUGCUUUCUAACUGGAUGUCCAUUUGUCUAUAUCAGUAUCUUAAGGACAAUGCUGGAGAACCUCUUUAUAAGUUGUUCAAGGCUAUCAAGCAUCAAGUGGAAAAAGGUCCUGUGGAUGCUGUGCAAAUGAAAGCCAAAUACACACUGAAUGACACUGGUUUAUUGGGAGAUGACGUAGAAUAUUCACAACUGACUGUGAAUGUGAUUGUCCAAGAUGAAGGCACAGAGUCUGUGCCUGUAAAAGUGCUAAACUGUGAUACUAUUUCUCAAGUAAAGGAGAAGAUAAUAGACCAAGUCUACCGGAAUUUACCUUAUUCACAAUGGCCAAAGCCUGACAGCGUAGUUCUUGAAUGGCGUCCAGGUUCUACUGCACAGAUACUCUCAGACUUGGACUUAACAUCCCAAAGAGAUGGCAGAUGGAAACGUAUCAAUACCCUGAUGCACUAUAAUGUACGGGAUGGGGCUACUCUCAUCCUAUCUAAAAUGGGUAUUUCCCAACAGCCAGAGGAUCACCAGCAAGACAUGCCAGAGGAAAGGCAUGCCUUAUUGGAAGAGGAAAAUAAGAUCUGGCAUCUAGUUCGGCCAGUAGAUGAAGUUGAUGAGGGGAAAUCGAAAAGAGGGAGCAUGAAGGAGAAGGAGAGAACCAAAGCUAUUACAGAAAUAUACCUGACAAGACUUCUCUCUGUGAAGGGUACACUUCAACAGUUUGUAGAUAACUUUUUUCACAGUGUUCUUGACUCAAACCAUGUUGUGCCACCAGCUGUGAAAUACUUCUUUGAUUUCCUUGAUGAGCAAGCAGAAAAGCAUGAAAUCAAAGAUGAGGAUACAAUCCACAUCUGGAAAACAAAUAGCUUGCCACUUAGGUUUUGGGUGAACAUAUUGAAAAACCCUCAUUUCAUCUUUGAUGUUCAUGUUCAUGAAGUAGUGGAUGCUUCCUUGUCAGUCAUCGCACAGACUUUCAUGGAUGCUUGCACAAGAACAGAGCACAAAUUAAGCAGGGAUUCUCCAAGUAAUAAAUUGCUCUAUGCAAAAGAAAUCUCUACAUAUAAGAAGAUGGUGGAAGACUACUACAAAGGUAUUCGCCAAAUGGUACAAGUAAGCGACCAGGAUAUGAAUACACAUUUAGCAGAGAUUUCUAGGGCGCACACAGACUCAUUAAAUACACUUGUGGCUUUACACCAGCUAUACCAGUAUACGAACAAAUACUAUGAUGAGAUCAUAAAUGCACUUGAAGAGGACCCAGCUGCACAGAAGAUGCAGCUUGCUUUUCGAUUACAACAGAUAGCGGCUGCAUUAGAGAAUAAAGUGACUGACCUUUGAUUUGAAAGCUGCAAUAAAGAAGUCUGAUCUGAAGAUGUGUAAAUUAAUUCUUCCUGAUAUGGAAAAUAGUGUUCUAUUUUUUAAUGUGUAAUUACAACUUUAAAUGG